AUGUCGGAUCUACCAGACGCCCCAUCCGGGGACUGUAUGAAAGGGCCGCGCUACUGUCCUCUGUUGUCCCUCCGUGAAACUGAGCUGGCUGUACAAGUACUGAAAUACGAGUUUAUGCAAGCUCUUUCCAAAAAGCUAGCCCUAUUACCAGUUGUUGCUCCUAGAUUUGUGGCGGUGGACUCAGGCCUACAGGAUUAUCUCGAUGGAGUUAUGCAACCAGUCACUUUUUUUACCAGGGCAUUUCCCGAGCGUCCUGUGCAAGUUGUGCACAGCUUGGCUAAAUGGAAACGCGAAGCUCUGAACACUUACGGUCUUUCCGCUCGUGAAGGAGUCGUCACAGAUAUGGUUGCCAUCAGAAAAGAUGAAGAACUUGACCCGACCCAUUCCCUGCUUGUUGAUCAAUGGGACUGGGAACAGAAAAUCACUCCUGAAGAUCGCACUGUUGACUAUCUGCACUGCACAGUUCACAAAGUGUAUGACGCCCUCUUGGAGACAGAACGCAUUCUGUGUGAGCGCUUCCCAAAGCUCUCCCCUUUACUCCCCUCCACCAUUACCUGUGUACAUUCGCAGGAUCUGGCAGACCGUUGGCCGGAAUUGCCCCCACCACUCCGUGAGCAGAAGGCGGUGGAGGAGUACGGUGCUAUCUUUGUCAGGGGCAUCGGCUCAAAACUCUCUGAUGGAGUAUCACACGGCGUGCGGUCGUGGGACUACGACGACUUCACCACAGUGGGUGCUGAUGGCAUGAAGGGGCUAAAUGGGGAUAUAGUGGUACUAGACCCUACGAGUGGGAAGGCUCUGGAACUCAGCAGUAUGGGAAUUCGUGUAGAUGCAGAUGCAAUGCGACAGCAGGCAGCAAUCUUAGGAGUCCCCUUCGAGCACAUGGAAUCUCCGUUUCACCAGGGGGUUCUCAACGGGUCCCUGCCGUCUUGUAUUGGUGGAGGCAUUGGGCAAUCAAGAGUCGCAAUGUUGUUUUUGAGGAAAAUCCAUAUUGGAGAGGUGCAGUGCUCGGUUUGGCCCGAAGAAAUGGUCAAUGAGUACAAGGAAAAGGGCUGUACCCUCCUGUAA